AUGUCGCCCCAAGAUGCGAAAUGCUGUAGCAUUGAUCACGCCCGGAAAAUAGUGGCGGAGAGGAGGGAGAUGGAGAUGGAGAUGAAGAGGCAGAGGAAGAAGCAUAGGCAGAGGGAGAAGGAGAGGCAGAGGCAGAGGAAAAUGGAGAGGCAGAGGCAGAGGCAGGCGGAGAGGCAGAGGCAGAGGCAGAGGAAGAGGGAGAGUGCGGAGAUCUCGCAGUUGGAAGGGAAAAGGUCUGGAAUCCUGUCGAGGUGGCGGCGUGGGUUGUCAAAUAUUUUGGGCUGGGGAGAACGGAUUGAUGGCGUACGAGGAGCUUGUCAAGGAGAACCAUCUCUCCGCAAGGCCUUUGAGAGUGUCGUCGUCAACGUCAGUGCGCACUUCGGCUCCGUCGGUGAUUCGCAGCUUUUUUGA